AUGGAACCGCCUCGGGCCGCAUUGUCGCAACCAACUGAGCUAGCUCCAUGCUCAGAGUUCGAUUCAAUCCUGCAUCCAGGUGAUAAUGGAGCAAUCACACAAUCAUGUACUGAUGGCCGAGGUUCUAACGAUGGUGCUGGCCGCCGAGAAUCUCUGCCAUUCAGUGAAACUUCACCAUCACAGAAUUCGGGCUCGACUGCCGCUGUCUCAUUAAACACGCUCCCAGCGCUGUAUAUCCCGGUUGAUUCGCAGGUUCCAACUGGCAGUGACAAUCCAAGCGGACAAAGGUCAUUAGAAUCUCCUUCGACCGCGGCAGUACAGGCUGUGCGGGCGCCGAACAAGCAGAGAUCUUGCAUGUCAACCCUCAAAGAACGGAGUAUAAGGAGAAGAUUAUACACAUUGAUACCAUCUACUAUCUUUUUAAUUGCAGCGAUCGCGUUCUAUCUUGCAAUCAAUUCUGCCACACGUCUCGGGCAAGAGAUUCAUAUUCUUUUGAUCUUCAUGAUUUUAAUUCUCUCCAUCAUCUUCUGCCAUUCUCUCAUUCGCUUCGCCAUGACCGUCUUACGGGAUCCCGGUUCGGGGGUUGCCCGGAAUCGCAUACCCAGUCGAGCAGGGCCAAUGGGUUAUGCUCAGCCAGCGCGCCCAAUACAUGUCAUUCUCGCAGGGGAUGAAGAAGCUUUGGUCGGCAGCGAAGGCCACCUUCGAGAAAAGGUCACGGCUCCCCCACCAGCAUAUGGCCUUUGGAGAAGUAGCGUGAGACUAAAUCCCGAUCUUCUCUAUUGGCAACGACGGGAAGGCGACGAGCGUCCGGACACAACCAUCGACGGCACUGGAAGAAGGCAAAAUAAUAAGGCUGCGGCGCCUAGGCCUCCAAGCUACGCAUCUGAUGAUGGUGUUGAAUAUGUGAUCGAAGCACAACCGCGACCUUUCUCUGCUAGACAUGAUGCGGAACGUGCGGGAGGUCAGUAA